AUGUUGGCCAAUCGUCUUAAAGAGGUGCUGCCUUCUGUCAUUUCCGACACUCAAAGUGCGUUUAUUCCGGGCCGUCUCAUUACUGAUAAUGCGUUGGUGGCUUUUGAAGUGUUCCAUUUUCUUAAGAAUAAGAGGGCCGGAAAGGAUGGUUGCAUGGCGUUAAAACUUGACAUGAGAAUGUCGGCACUUCUCGACCAUGCCAUGGCAGCUAACCGGUUGUCCGGAAUUUCAAUUUGCCGGGGUAGUCCACGCUUGUCACAUUUAUUUUUUAAAGAGGUGCUGCCUUCUGUCAUUUCCGACACUCAAAGUGCGUUUAUUCCGGGCCGUCUCAUUACUGAUAAUGCGUUGGUGGCAUUUGAAGUGUUCCAUUUUCUUAAGAAUAAGAGGGCCGGAAAGGAUGGUUGCAUGGCGUUAAAACUUGACAUGAGUAAAGCCUAUGACCGAGUGGAAUGGCCAUUUAUUAAUCAGAUGAUGCUCCUGCUAGGAUUUCCGCAACGAUUUGUGCAACUACUUAUGAAUUGUGUGGGGCAUUCUAAGCGCGCCGUUUUGGGGUUUGUCAAGGAGCGCGUAUGGUCUCGUUUAAAUGGUUAG